GGAGGGAGGGAGGAGGUCCUCUUUCUUUCCCUCCCUGCCAAGUCUGCAUCCUCCUUUGCUUGCAUCAGUCCCGCGUUUGGGAAAGAGGCGAGGAUGUCGCCCACUUCCCCUCAGACUUAGCCGGCAACUCGAGGCAGCGCUUCUUUCUCCCCCUUCUCCUCCCCUCUUUGGAAAGGCGUCAGGAAUUUCUUUUUUUGAGAGGGGGGAGCAACUCUUUUCCCAGAAGGAGGCAAGCAAGGAAAAGGGGAGACCUUGGAAAGAAGAGGAGGAGGAGGCAGAGAGAGCAAGGAGCCCCUCAGCCGGAGGAGUUGGCGGCGAAGGGGUGAUGGUGCCGCUCUCACAAAAGCCCAAGGCAAUGCUUUCCAGGUAGAAGAACAGCAGGAGAAUUAGAGGAAGACUUUAUUUUAUUCUCUCUGCCUGGAAAGAAAGAUUUUCUCCAGCAAACUGGACACUCUGGUCCCUCUCCAUGGAUAAAGGACACAUAUUACCGCAAGACUUCUGGGAGCUGCUGCAUUGUCUGAGGAUGAGGAGCAAGUAUGCCAUCCUCCUGGUGUUUGUAGUAGCACUUGUCAUAAUUGAGAAGGAGAACAACAUCAUAUCAAGGGUGUCAGACAAGCUGAAACAGUCUCCACAAUCCCUGAUUGAAGCCAAUAGCACAGAUCCUGGCUUGGAACUGUCAGAAAACGGUUCCCUCCUGUCCCUCAGUGAGCUGGAUUCGGCUUUCUCACAGCUCAGGAGUCGACUUCAGAACGUCACGUUGCAGCUUGGAGGAACUAGAGAACCACCACUAGCAGCAGCUAAAGGAACAAGGAAACAUGUGCUCUUGAUGGCCACAACUCGCACCGGUUCCUCCUUUGUAGGGGAAUUCUUCAACCAGCAGGGUAAUAUUUUCUACCUCUUUGAGCCAUUGUGGCACAUUGAAAGAACCGUAUCCUUUGAGCCUGGUGGUGCCAAUGCUGUGGGGUCAGCCCUUGUCUACCGAGAUGUUUUGAAGCAGCUCUUCCUUUGUGACCUCUACAUCUUGGAGAACUUCAUUAUCCCCUUCCCAGAGGGUCACCUGACACAGUUUAUGUUUCGGCGUGGUUCGAGCCGCUCGCUGUGCGAGGAGCCUGUCUGCACGCCUUUUGUCAAGAAGGUCUUUGAGAAGUAUCACUGCAAGAAUCGUCGCUGUGGCCCUCUAAAUGUGACUUUGGCCACAGAGGCCUGCCUGCGCAAGGAGCACAUGGCCCUUAAGGCAGUGCGGAUCCGGCAGCUGGAGUUCUUGCGGCCUCUAGUUGAAGACCCUCGGCUGGACAUGAAGAUAAUCCAGCUGGUACGGGAUCCUCGGGCAGUGCUGGCUUCUCGCAUGGUAGCCUUCUCGGGUAAGUAUGAAACCUGGAAGAAAUGGGCGACGGAGGGUGCAGCGUCCCUUAAUGAGGAGGAGGUGCAGAGGCUGCGGGGGAACUGUGAGAGCAUCCGGCUCUCAGCUGAACUCGGUUUGAGGCAGCCAGCCUGGUUACGGGGUCGCUACAUGCUGGUCCGCUAUGAGGACAUUGCCAGGUCUCCCCUCCAAAAGGCUAAGGAGAUGUACAAGUUCACAGGCAUCACCAUUACCCCCCAGGUAGAGGAGUGGAUCCGGAAGAAUACUCAGGCACCUCAGGAUAGCAACGGCAUCUACUCCACCCAGAAAAACUCUUCUGAACAAUUUGAAAAAUGGCGGUUCAGCAUCCCUUUCAAGCUGGCCCAAGUGGUGCAAAAUGUCUGCAGUCCAGCCAUGAAACUGUUUGGCUACAAGCUGGCCAGCAGUCCCGAGGUUCUUACAAAUCGGUCCAUCAGCUUGCUAGAGGAGGAGAGAAGGACCUUCUGGGUCACGUAAAAGUGGCUCUUGUGGCUAGAUUUUCCCCAUAUUGUAGUGUUCUGUGGAGCUGAAAAAGCCAGAAUGAAGACAUCAUUGGGAAAAGGAAUACAUAGAAGAAAGACUUGAAGAGGAAGGCAUCUGUGGCUAGCUUUUUUUGAGCUUCUGGCAUGUCUUCUGUUCUUUCUUCAAGCACAGUGCUUUCUGCUUUUCCUGGGAGCAGCUGUUAUGUUCCUGACUUAUUUGAGGCUUUUUCAUUUGGUUGUCAAAUGGUCAAAGUCUUAUCAAUAUGAAUGGACACAGAAUACAGAGAUCCAAUCUCUUUACCUCAUAUCCAUGUCCUCCUCAGUGGAAGCAUUGACUAUUCCUCACAACACAUCCAAAGGGGGAGUGAGACAAUAUUCUAUUUUUGAAAAUACAUUUACACUUUUAAAAAAGAGAAAGGAGAAAUUCCAUGAAAAAGCAGAAUGUUGCACUGAUAUUGCCUGAGGCAGCCUUAAAGGACUUGUCAAGCAGAUGUUUGAAAAGUAUGGUGAAGCAGG